AUGAGAUCUGAUCACGAUUGCGACGCAGACGAACCUGAGCACGGAAAGGUCCAGACCAUUCGCCGAUCUGCCAAAGGAAAAUUCAUCUCUGGUGGGCUAACUGGGAUUGUGGAGCUCCUUGAUGAUGGAAUUGUGAUUAAAUCGCCAUUUCCCGGCGCUGAAAUGGAGAACAACAUUCUCGACAUAGCAAAAGAAGCCAGUAUAUAUCAUCGCCUCGGCCCACACGAAAGGCUGAUCCAGGUAUUGGGUCACUCCCGGGAUGGCCUUGUUCUUGAGUACAUGAAAAACGGUGAUCUCAAGACAUACCUUCGGGCCCAAAACUCAAUCCCAAUGAGUAUGAAACUCAAGUGGGCAUUCCAAAUUUCACAAUCUGUGUCUCUAUUGCAUAGCAAUGGAAUUAUUCACUGCGACAUCAAACCACGAAAUUUCCUUCUGGACGCGGCUCUUGAUAUCAAGAUUAUUGAUUUUUCUGGCUCUUCGCUAGACGGCUGUAAACCAGCGUCUGGCGAAGGGACUCGUUUCUAUCUCCCAAGACAUCGGAGAGACCCACCUACCCUGGCUACAGAUCUGUUUGCGCUCGGGUCGACCCUUUACGAGGUCUUUCACGAAACCAGUCCCUACGAGGAGAUCCCUAGCGACCAAGUGGAAGUACUCUACAGGAAAAAGGAGUUUCCAAAUGUUUCUGACAUUCCAUGCGGGGGGAUUAUAAAGCGAUGUUGGCUGUCUCAAGUUGAUUCAGCCGAAGAUGUACAGGCUUUCAUUCAAGCUAUCAUUCUUAGCAAGGUCAACCCUGACUUUAUUCAAACGUCAGGGCUGAAAGAAGAUAGCUAG